AUGGCAAAUUCUGGAAUGAAACGUUCAUCCUAUGGGCUAUCUACGGGCCGUGGAGGUAGUAAAGUAAUUAAUGGAGAGACUCAAAAUAUUGGGUUGCGUGCAAUAUCGAGUGUUCCAAAUAGUAAUAAAGAUAACUUUAGCGCAAAUGCAGGUGCAAAUGCAAGUACGAGUUCAAAUUCCGGAAGCAUCCAAGGAGUAAACCAGAAUACUCAGCAGCAUCAAACAAAGAGAAACUAUACAAGUGGAAGUUCUAAUAAACGUGGAGGUAACCAAAGAGUAAAUUCAAAGGAUCAACAUCAAAUUCACAUAGAUCAGAAAAGUCGCAAUGUAGAGCAAUUAAAGAAAAAGGAAGAAAAUUAUCAAGACCAACAAGCAGUACAUCAAUGUACAUCAGCAGAAUUUAGUAUAUUUGUGCUUAUAUUAGUUGGUCAGGAAGUAGAAAUCAAAUUGAAAGAUGGGACUAGAUUCUGCGGUUUAUUUCAAUCACUAACAACAAAGGAUACAGGAGGUGAAAAUUGUAUUUGCCUGCAAUAUAGUAGAAGAGUUUUAGAUUUGGAUAGUACGGAAUUAUCUGGAAAAAUUGAACAAUAUGCACUGUUUCCACUUAAUUCUGUGCAUAGCAUGGUUACAACUAACAAGGAAGGAGUUCCGACAAAUUUUAAUAGUGUCUCAGGAGAAGUUGAAGGUAGCCAGGCUGAGAAAAUAGCUGCAUUUAAAACUGACACUGAGAUUAGCAAGGAUAGUAAUGUUAGAGUAGGACGCACAUUACAACCUUGGACAGAUGAAAGCAGUUUGCAUGUAUCUGAAGAGAUUUUAGAUUCUACUAUUAAUAAUGAAUGGGAUCAAUUUGAGGUAAAUAGAAUUAGAUUUGGGAUCACUGGUACUUAUGAUGAAAAUUUAUAUACAACCCCUCUAAAUUAUGAUGAUAUAUCUGAAGAGGAUAGGAGAAAUGCUGAGUUACUGGCUCUUGAGAUAGAGCGAGAACAAAGAUUAAAUGAGCUCUCUCCUGAAAAGGAUACUUUAAAGAAGAAUAAAUAUGCACAUGAUGAUGAGGAGAUGAAAUAUAGUUCAGUAUAUAGAGAGGAGGACACCAAGAUCUUUAGAGACAAACAAAAGCUGAAGAUCAAUGACUUGGGGGAACAAAAGAAAGAUAGCUGCAACGAAGCUAUUGGGGCAAAGAGUAAGAAUUGCAAACAAGGUUUUUCUUUUAACCCUAAUGCAAAGGAAUUUCAACCUAGAUCAUUUACAGGUAAUUCAUACAAUUCAAGUAAUUCUAAUACCUGCAACGUUUACUUAGGUAGUAGUGAUGGGAACAUAACAACACAAACUUAUAGAGGUGAGCAGUCUAUCCAACAAUACGCUAGAUAUCAGGUCUAUGGAGAGGCAGAUGAACUAAUCUAUACUAAUCAGCAAAUGUCUUAUGACAAUAAUUAUCAAAAUGGAGGAUAUUAUGUUUAUAAUGCUAUAGGAUACCCACAAUAUGACGGUGAUGAUGGUAGUGGGGUUGUAAUUAAUAGUCAGCCUAUUUAUUUCGUACAAACUACAAAACCUGGUGCAUCUAAUUCGGCUUAUUAUAUUGCUGAAAAUGUGAAUUCAGCUUCUUGGAAUGGUCACUAUGCCAACGUUGCUACCAAUAUGAAUAUCUACUCAAACACAGGAAAUCCUCAAUUGAUAUACCAAUAUAGCUUCCCAACUCAAGGAUCUGCUUAUUAUCAAUAA